AAAAAUACUUACGUCACAAGUUGAACGGAAGUGCGAUUGCGCACGUAUCUCCCUUUUGAAACGUUGUUGGAAUUUAUCAACAUCUAUUGCCUUAAUCGAUCUCUUAACAAAUGCCAAAUUGUGCAAAUAACAUUUACCAUAGUGUGAGAACUUGAAAUAAACGAAUUGUUUAUUGCACAUUGGCUCGAGAUUUGUAGACUAUUUACUUAAUCACAGAGAAUACUGGGCUGGACAAGAUGGCCAGCUGCAAUUUUCAGGCGCAGUUGGUCUCCAUAAUGGAGGUUUUAGCUAAAGCAGCUGUAGCAGAAAUAAACCAACGUGUAGAUGAUAGCUGUGCAGUUAUACGUUUGGAAAUUACCCAAAGCCAGCGAGAUAUUGAUGUACUGAAAAGGAAGUGUCAAAUGAUGGAGAGCGAGCUGAAGAAAACACAACGAGUCAGGAGAAAAGUUUUUUACCCGAUGGCAUCAGAGAGAUCUUCAUAUCCAGUCAAGAUUGUUUUGAACAAGCAGAGGAGUACCUCACAGUGGAGAGAAGGAGAGAUGACUGUUGAAGAGGACUCUCAACCCCAGCCUACAGAUGUGGAGCAGAGAGUGGAGACUGAACCCAUACUGAUCAAAGAUGAGGAGACAGCAGAAGACGUGUGGAAGACUGACCAUCAGGAAGAGCUCAGGGUCACUGGAGAGGGUGGGUGCGACCAUAAGGGAGUCUGGUUCCAAGCCUGGGAAACCACCAUCUUUUGAGCAACGGCACUGUAAUGAAGACUUCAUCACACAACCCAACAUAUCUCUCGAAGACUCAGUGGAACAUUACCCCAAUUCUGAUCAUCCAGAGGAACCAGGCACACCCCGGCUCGCGUCUACAGAGGUGUUCAGCACAGAGCAGCACCAGCCAGACAAGGACUCACUAGAGCUAGUGAUGGUGAAGGAUGAGAAAGAGGAGGAGCUAGAUCAGACCACGGCCCUGGCAGGACCUGACCAGUUUGUUAUGGAUGAGACUGAUGGGCAGCUGUGGACCUCUGUGGAUCCAGGCAGAGACACUGACCCUGAUGGCCACCCAGAUUUCUCCUUUCAUUCCACAGAAGAGUACUCUCAGAAUAUCUCAAUUUUCCCAUCUCAUAGUGGGCUGCCAUCCGUUCCUACUAUGACAGAUGAUGUAGGGCCAUCGCUUCACUCUUCUAUAUGGAAACCACAUGCUAACAUGUUCAGUGCAGGAUCACACAUGAAAAGACAUGUCAGGACAUUGGCUGAUGAGACUAGACAACAGAUGUCAGAUGGAGAGAGCAGCGAGAGGCUGAACUUAAAUAAUGAAGGAAAUAGUUUAGCUCUACAGCCAAUGCAGCAUCAAUACAGGGCUUCAGAAUCAACAGUGAGAAUGAGUGAAUGCAUGACAGGGUCAAACAUGGGCACCACCUCCACCUUCUCUGGAUACAGCCUGAGUCGCAGUAGUUUUAACAUGGUGAAGAGAAUGAGGACUCAGUGGAGGUCGGGCGGCACCACCGAGAGGCGUUUCAGCUGCACCUUCUGUGGGAAGAGCUUCCAGCGUUUCAGCGAGCUCAAAGUACACCUCCGGAGUCACACCGGCGAGAAACCGUACACCUGUGAACAGUGUGGCAGGAGUUUCACCCAGCAGUGCAACCUGAUCAGACAUGCUCUGGUCCACACCGGGGAGAAGCCCUAUGAGUGCACACAGUGUGGGAAAUGCUUCACCCAGCGCUCCAAAAUGAAGUCACAUCAGAGAACUCACAUAGGAGAGAGUCCAGUGACUCAAUAUGUGGUACCUACAUACCCUGGGGAUCCACACACAAGUGUAAUGUUGUCUCAGAACAGAUGGAACAAAUAGUUCAUAAUUACAUAGUUUUUUUCUAUAACACUUUCUAUGUGAAAAUGUGGUACAGAAGGUAUUUUAAGACAUUUUGACCAGCUUUUUCAUCCAAUUGAUUUGUGAAAUGGUUUUCAUGUUUGACUGUUGACUGCUACUCGUUUUCAUUGGUGGUCCUCUGUAGCUCAACUGGUAGAGCACGGCGCUUGUAACGCCAAGGUAGUGGGUUCGAUCCCCGGGA